GGAGCUUUUCCAGUACACUUCACGAAGAUGGAUGUAAGUAGCCGACUUUUUCAAAGCUUCAACGAACAUCUGCGUCUUUCAGAACGGAUCCUCGGGUUUGAUGUGUCUGCCCUUCAAAACGUUGUUUCUGCUGCUUCUGGUCGUUCGAUAUCCGAUCUCAGAUCCUUUAUUAAGUUAUCAGAAGGCGGAUUCAAUCGUGUGUUUGAAGCUAUCUUCAGCGAUGGAAAAUGUGUUAUUGCGCGACUUCCAUACCCAAGCACAGUACCGGAACACUACACUGUGGCGAGCGAAGCGGCGACUCUAGACUAUCUCCGUCUACGUGGUAUCCGUACACCAGAGGUGUAUGCGUGGUCUUCGACAAGAGCGAAUCCUGUUGGAACCGAGUACAUUAUCAUGGAGAAGUUGGACGGUAUCCCACUCGGCGAUAAAUGGUUCUCAAUUACACCCAAGGAACAACAUAAGAUCAUGAAACAGAUGAUUGAAUUGGAGACGCAAUUAAUGUCACUACAAUUUCCUGCGUCUGGAAGUCUGUACUAUGCCAAAGACCUUAUAUCUGAGAGCAGGGUACAACUCGCGGACCCCAACGGUAUGGCGUUCUGCAUAGGACCAAUAGCUCAUUAUAGUUGGUGGCAUGACAAGAGGGAUGUCUUGGAUGUCGACCGUGGACCUUGGGCAUCAUCAAUGGAGAUAUUCCGAGCAGCUGGCGAACGUGAGCUGGCUUGGACCAAAGCCUAUGCAAAGCCUCGCUUGCCCUAUGAACGGCUUUAUAGAGAACUCUACCAUUUCAAGCAUGUCUCACCCGAUAGCCACAUCGCAGAUCUCUCCAACUAUCUUAAAAUGGUAUCCUGCUUAGGAUAUGCGAAAGACUCUUCUUUGAAUCGACCUGUCAUGCGUCAUCCUGACCUCCAACCAAAUAACAUCCUUGUGUCUGAAUCAAAUGAGAUAAUCGGACUCAUAGACUGGCAGCAUUGUUCUAUUCUUCCUCUCGGCAUUGCUGCUGGAAUACCAGCUCACUUCCAGAAUUACGGUGACCCCGAAUCGGAGAUGCUGAAACAACCUCAGCUUGCUCUUCCCUCAGAUUAUGAGCAUUUGCCUCCAUCUGAGCAAGCGUCGUUACGAGAAACUCAUCGCAAAAGAAUGAUCCAUUUUUUGUAUGCUGCGUUGACCAAACGAUUGAAUAAAGAUCAUUAUGAUGCCAUUUUCGACCAGUCGGUCAUCCUCCGUCAGCGACUAUUCAAGAGCGCUGGUACGCCCUGGGAGGGAGACUCGGUCUCACUGCGAGCAGAACUGAUUCGCUCAAUACAGAACUGGCUGACAAUUGCCCAGGCAGGUGCUUGUUCGGUCGCUCCGGUGGUUUAUCCUGAGGAUCUUGUCCGGGAAACCCUUGACUUGGAUGCCCGUCAGAAAGAAGCGGAUACCGCAAUGGAAGAAAUGCGAGAUGCUUUAGGUGUCGAUGUUUUGGGUUGGGUGCCGAAUGAUGAUUACGAUGCUGCUAAAGCAGUGGCAUAUGAUAUGAAGACCAAAAUGCUUGAAGCGGCUGAGACGCCUGAAGAUGUCAUUGAUGUCCGAGACCAUUUUCCUUUUGACGACUUCGACGAAAGCGCCUAG